UAUUGUCCAUCAGAAUUUAGAUAGCUAAUAAUAUUUGUUUUUUAAGUGUCAAAAUUUGGUGAAGAAAGAUGGCAGGUUUCUCUGGAGACUGGGUUCUUGCAUUUGGUCUACUUGGUAAUAUCAUAUCCUUCAUGGUCUAUCUUUCGCCAUUGCCAACUUUCUAUCAAAUUUACAAGAAAAAAUCAAGUGAAGGAUUCCAAUCAGUUCCUUAUGUGAUUGCUCUUUUCAGUUCCAUGCUGUGGAUGUACUAUGCAUUUCUCAAGUCUGACAAUACCACACUUCUUAUUACCAUAAAUUCUGUCGGAUGUUUCAUUGAAACUGCAUACAUUUCCUUCUACCUCUUCUAUGCACCAAAGAAGGUACAAACUAUAAAGUUAAUUUUUGUGGUGAUAGUUUGUGGGUUUGGUCUUAUCGUUCUCACGAAUCAACUUGUGGUGAAAGCUUCGAAACGUACCCACGUUGUUGGAUGGAUUUGUCUAGUAUUUUCAUUGUGUGUAUUUAUUGCCCCUCUAGGCAUUGUGAGACAAGUUAUACGAACAAAGAGCGUCGAAUAUAUGCCAUUUCUUCUAUCAUUUUUUCUCACAAUUAGCGCUGUUAUGUGGUUCUUCUAUGGUCUACUACUCAGGGACUUUAUCAUUGCUAUUCCAAAUGUUCUAGGCUUCAGCUUCGGGGUUCUUCAAAUGGUGCUUUAUGUAAUAUACAAAAAUGCUGACAAGGGCGAAAAGAAAAAGCUUCCUGAAAUACCAAAUAAAAUUAUAAUUUUGGAAGAACACAAAGUUCAAGAAUUAACUGAGCAAAUUAUUGACAUUGUUAAUAUCAUGCACUGUUAAAUUCCGAGAAACUCUCAGUUGUUUCACGGCCAAUUAAUGAUGGAAUUGAAGACGCAAAUGUGCAUCAGAAUUUGCCCAAUGAUGUUGAAGUUAAAAUGUAAAUUGAAGCUCAUGCUCCUUCCUAUUCCUUUUUUCUUUUUCUUUUUCUUUUUAUUUUUUAUUUUGAUUAUGUAUCUUGUUCUGUAUAUUAAUCUGAAUAAUUUGUGCUGGUUUGUUUUC